UGCCAGGUACUGGAAUGUUAACUGACUUAGAUUUAUCUUGCGGUUUCAGAGCCGGACAUUUGCAAUUUUUUAUUCGUAAUUCUUGUUGCAAUUAUUGUAAUUUUUUAAAAAUAGGUUAUUUUAUUUUUCAACAGAAGAUCAGAGGUUUCAGUUCGUCUGUCUAAAAAAAAUCCAACAUUCCAGAAAAUUCGUUUGUUGUGGUGGGACCAAGCAAGCGCAAGUCGUCGCCGAACUUUGUGAUAUUUUUAUCUUUCUAAACUGGCUAAUAGAAUAAAAAUCGACGAGAUAGAAGAGAAAUGAUCAGUGAUAAAAUAUUAAAAACAAAACUGCACAAAGUAGACAAUGGCCGUGUACGUGGGCGUUUGAAAGGUAACUAUGGUUACAUGAGGUCUGACGAGUUUUUGAGGAUGAAGCAGAUGAGGAGUCUGAUAAAAGACGACGUGGUUAAUUACUUGAAAGAAGAAAGAUACAGAGAUAGUCAUCAUGGAAAAAGUUUAAGCAGUGCCACUGCUAGCACUAAUAGUGAAUUUAAUCCUAAGAAUUAUCUCAACUUUGUGGUCAAAAUUAAAAAUGAUUUCUGCAGACUAAAUCCAUCAAAGAAUGCUGUCGACAUUUCUAUGCCAUCGGCACCUAACGUGAAAAACACCAACAACAACAAUAAAAAUAGUAGAUACAACAAAUUUAAUAACAACAAUAAUAAUAAUAAUAGUGAUACUACUACUAAUAAUAAUAAUACUAAUAUUAAUAAGAAGAAUGAGACCUCUAAUAGACUGAAGAGAAGGGAUAGAAGUAAGGAGUAUGAAAAUAUCGAGGUUCAAAUUUUUAUGGAUUCACAGCAGUCUGCCACACCUUCUACAACGAAAAGAUAUCAUACAAUUAGCAACAACAACAGCAACAAAAGAAACUCUAGAAAUAAUCUUGGCGCUACUACUACUACUGCUGUUGCUGCUGCUGCUGCCGCUACCACCAACAAUAAUAAUAAUAAUAAAAAUAAUAAGAAUAACAAAAAUAAUAAUAGCUAUGAUGAUUUUGUAGAUGAUGAAGGAUGCGACGUGAGCCAGUCUUCGAACAUGAUUAUCGAUGAUGAUAAUGAUGGUGGUAAUGAUGAUGAUGGUGGUCGUAACAAUCGCAACACAUCUGCUAUCAACAACAACAAUAAUGAUGAUUAUGAUGCUGACAAUGAUGAUGAGGGUGAUGGAGAGUUAGGUGUUGAUGAUGGUGAUGACCGUGUCAUAGCUGAUGUUGAUGAGCUGAUUGUUUGAAAGGGUCAGCUCUUGGAGGAAUGAUGAUUGCAUUAACAAUAACUGUAUUGAUAUAAUAUCUAAUCAUCAAUCUAUCUGUCUGUCUAUCUAUCCAUCCAUCUAUCUCUCUGUGAAUAUAUCUGGCUGUUCUGGUUGGUUUGAUUGGUUGAGAACAAGAGAAGAACAUUUUAUUUAUAUAAAUAAUUAUUAUAUUUUAUAUAU